AUGCAGGUUAGAAAAGGGGAUACAAUUAGCGAGUUUUUACAGGCUGAUCUCAUUAUUCCACAUCAACACGAUUUCUAUGAGGUGAUUGUGAACAAAGCUAGGGGAAAAAUUUUUUCCACUUUGAUAUGCAUGAAGAUGUGCGAACGAUUAUUGAUGCAACCACAGAAAAAGAUGAGUCAUAUGUUGGUAAAGUUGUUGAGAGUGGCCGGUACGAGAAGAACAAGCACAUUGUGCAAAAAGGAGAGUAAAUGGGAUGCAAGCGAACCAAUUAUGCACUGGCAAAAAGGGUAA